CCGCCGGCCUCAGGUUCUCUGGCUUCGCUCACGGCGCUGAGAAUCCCGGCACCCGCGCGCUCUCUGUAAGCCAUGGAGGUCCCCGGUAGCCUGUGCAAGAAAGUCAAACUGAGCAAUAACGCGCAGAACUGGGGGAUGCAGAGAGCAACUAAUGUCACCUAUCAAGCCCACCAUGUCAGCAGAAACAAGAGAGGACAAGUGGUGGGGACCAGAGGCGGCUUUCGUGGUUGUACAGUUUGGCUGACAGGCUUAUCUGGAGCAGGAAAGACCACAGUAAGCAUGGCUUUGGAGGAAUACUUGGUUUGCCAUGGUAUUCCUUGCUACACUUUGGAUGGUGACAACAUUCGUCAAGGUCUCAAUAAAAAUCUUGGCUUUAGUCCUGAAGACAGGGAAGAGAACGUUCGACGCAUCGCAGAAGUAGCUAAGCUGUUUGCAGAUGCUGGCUUAGUAUGCAUCACAAGUUUUAUAUCACCUUAUACUCAGGAUCGAAACAAUGCAAGGCAGAUUCACGAGGGUGCAAGUUUACCUUUCUUCGAAGUAUUUGUUGAUGCUCCCCUGCAUGUUUGUGAGCAGAGGGAUGUCAAAGGACUCUACAAAAAAGCCCGGGCUGGAGAAAUUAAAGGUUUCACUGGGAUUGACUCUGAGUAUGAAAAACCAGAGGCCCCUGAAUUAGUGCUGAAGACAGACUCCUGUGAUGUAAAUGACUGUGUACAGCAGGUGGUGGAGCUUCUACAGGAACGGGAUAUUGUACCUGUGGAUGCCUCUUAUGAAGUGAAAGAGUUGUAUGUGCCAGAAAAUAAACUUCAUUUGGCAAAAACAGAUGCAGAAACACUGCCAGCGUUGAAAAUUAAUAAAGUGGAUAUGCAGUGGGUGCAGGUUUUGGCAGAAGGCUGGGCAACCCCACUGAAUGGCUUUAUGAGAGAGAGGGAAUACUUGCAGUGUCUUCAUUUCGAUUGCCUUCUGGAUGGGGGUGUCAUUAACCUGUCAGUACCUAUAGUCCUGACGGCUACUCAGGAAGACAAAGAGAGGCUGGACGGCUGCACGGCAUUUGCUCUGAUGUAUGAGGGCCGCCGGGUGGCCAUUCUUCGCAAUCCAGAGUUUUUUGAGCACAGGAAGGAGGAGCGCUGUGCCCGGCAGUGGGGAACAACAUGCAAGAACCACCCCUAUAUCAAGAUGGUUAUGGAACAAGGAGAUUGGCUGAUUGGAGGAGAUCUUCAGGUCUUGGACCGAAUUUAUUGGAAUGAUGGUCUUGAUCAGUAUCGUUUUACUCCUACUGAGCUAAAGCAGAAGUUUAAAGAUAUGAAUGCAGAUGCUGUCUUUGCCUUUCAACUACGCAACCCAGUGCACAAUGGCCACGCUCUAUUGAUGCAGGACACCCACAGGCAGCUUCUGGAGAGGGGCUACCGGCGCCCCGUCCUGCUCCUUCACCCCCUUGGUGGCUGGACAAAGGAUGACGAUGUCCCUCUGAUGUGGCGGAUGAAGCAGCACGCUGCAGUGCUGGAGGAAGGAGUCCUGAAUCCUGAGACCACGGUGGUGGCCAUCUUCCCGUCUCCCAUGAUGUAUGCUGGACCGACUGAGGUCCAGUGGCAUUGCAGAGCACGGAUGGUUGCCGGAGCCAACUUCUACAUUGUUGGACGAGACCCUGCUGGCAUGCCCCAUCCAGAAACAGGGAAGGAUCUUUAUGAGCCAACUCAUGGCGCCAAAGUGCUGACCAUGGCCCCGGGCCUGAUCACCUUGGAGAUCGUUCCCUUUCGAGUUGCUGCUUAUAACAAGAAAAAGAAGCGGAUGGACUACUAUGACUCUGAGCAGUAA